AUGUAACUUUCAAUAGACCCAAUUUUUGAGAAGAUUGAUAAUCCUACUCUUAAUUCCAUUAGAUUAGACAAAUAAUACUCCAUUCUUUCCUUAGAUGGAGGUGGUGUUAAAGGGUUAAUGACUUGCAGAGUCCUAGAAUAAAUUGAACAAGAAUUCAGGAGAAAAGAAUAAUUUGGUAAAAAUUUCAAGAUUAUUGAUGCUUUUGAUUGCGUCAUUGGUACUUCUGUCGGAGGACUUAUUGCUAUUGCAUUAGUUGCUGGCUACAGUGCCAAGAAACUUUCUCAUGCAAUGUCAAGAAUGAUGCCAAUUAUUUUUAAAGACGAGUUAGACGCUACAGAUUUAAUAGAUUUGAUCAAUAAGAAAACAUUCAACCUCCCAUUAUAAUUCAAACAGGUUAUCGAACCUGCUUAUAACGAAAAGGAUCUUGAAGACCAAUUUAUAAAAUAUUUAUUCUCAGAAGAUCCAGAUGAAUUCAUUUACGGAGAUCCAAAGUCAGCAUCUAUUCUAAGAUUUGGAAACGGCGAAAAUUCCACUCUUGGCGAUCUCAAAUAAAGAAAUAGCAGAGUAAGACUUUUGUUAACAGCAGUAAAUUAGCAUCGGGAUUUGCUAAAUGGACCGAUGUUUUCUCCAAGAAUAUUUGACACAGAAAAUGAAGAUGAUCUCAAUAAAACAAUAAUAUCAGUUGCAAGAGCUACAUCAGCUGCACCAACAUUCUUCAAACCAUCUAAUGUCUCAGAUAAGAUUCCAGAAACUUUGGUAAAUAAAACUCCACUCUAGGAGGAAUUAGAUGUGAAGGAAAAUUUUUCAGAAACUAAUCCAGUUGAAAGAUAAUUUAUAGAUGGUGGACUUUUCGCAAACAACCCAGCUGCUUGGGGACUUGCUCUUGCAUCAACUAAAAUUAAGAUAGAAAAUAUUAGAAUGCUCUCAAUUGGAACCAGUUAUCCAAGAUUAAAGACACCUCAAGAAAAUAAUGAUGACGCAAGCAGUUCAUUUCCUAUGAAAUAGCUUACAACAGCUAGAGAUAAAGUACUUGAACUUAUUUAAAUAAAAGAAGAUGGAAAGAUGGAUGGAAGCUUAGAAUACUAUAAUAUGCUUGCUCUAGAUUUGUAAAAGACUUCAGAGCAACUUCUUGAGCUCUUCAAGCCAAUUAUGCUAGGAAGAUAUUUCAGAUUCAAUCCACCAGCUCUCGAUGAAAAAGAAAUUGGCAUUGACACAGUUUAGAAAAUGGCCGAAAUGAAUACAGUAGUACACAAAUAUUUUGAAAAUAAUAAUGUUAAAGAAAGAGUAUAAAAGGUGAUAGAAUGCUUCUCUAAGGAAGAUCAAUAUCAUGAGAAGGUAGUUGAUUAAUUGAAAAGUGCUCUUACUUUGUUAAGCUACGCCAAGCAUCUUAACCAAAAACCAUCAGAUGAAAUCUUAUUAGAACAAGCAGCACUUGUAUAACUGCUUCAUCAAUAGUUCGAAAGCGUGAUGGUUACUCAAAGUCAGGUUUAAGAAUAGAUUCAUAAUAUAAAAUCUUAACUCUCUCUCUAUACUGAUGGACAUAAUAAACCUCAUUAAGAGAAGAAAGAAUAAGAUGGUCCUUCAAACCAUAAUAGCGAUAAUAUUCAUUCUCAAGAAGAACAUAAGCAAGAUCAUAGAAAUAGCCAUUAACAUUCCAAAAAAUCAAAAGAUUAGCAUCACCAUUAGAAUUAUUGA